AUGUCAGCAUUUCGCCAUCCCACGCUCAACGCCAUCGAGACGAAUCAAAACCGAUUUCGCGUGCAAAGCUCGAAGCCCCCUGAUCGACCAUUGGUUCCGUAUAUGCGAUAUAGCCGCAAAAUGUGGUCAAAGGUACGUGCUGAGAAUCCAGAUGCGCAACUCUGGGAUAUCGGUAAGAUCAUUGGCCAAAUGUGGCGAGAUAUUUCGGAUGCGGACAAGGCUGUCUAUCAGCAUGAAUAUGAAAUAGAAAAGGUUGAGUACGAGAAGGCAUUCAAAGCCUAUCAGAAUUCGCAUGCCUAUCAACAAUAUGUAAAUGCUAAGACCCGAGCUAAAGCCAACGAAAAAUCAUCACGAAGUCGCAUGGAAGUCGGUGGUGUUGUUAUUCAACCUGUUGACGAAGAAGAUGCUGGAAAUGAACUGUCGUGUCGACGUCUUGCUGCCGUUCGUUUCGAUCGCAAUCAUCGCCUUAUUGGAGAUCUUUUCUCACCGGCAGUUGUCACGGAUACCCGAACGGUUGUGGCUCAGAAUCGUAUGGAUAUGUUGCGAAAACAAGCUCAGUCAUUGUCUGCACACCAGAGCAAGCUGGAGGAGGAGCUAGUGAAGUUGGAGGAGAUUCAUCGAGAAAAGAAACGUCAAAUCGAAAAGGGCAGUGAAGAGUUUGCUGAAAAUUUGAAGAGGGUGUGUGAAGAGAGGCCUCAGCUGGACGAAGCGAAAUAUGCAGAGUUGUUAGAAGAAAUGAAGGUUAAGCUAGCGGAAGCUUACAAGGAGUACAAGAAAAAGCAGGAUGAGAUCAAUGCAAGGCUAGCAGCUGAACGCGAAAAGAUCGUAGAAGAGACACCAGUAUUGGCAGAAUUGGUUAUGGGCGAUGAGAAUGACACAGAUACGAUUUCCAAGGCACCGGAACCU